AUGGCAGAAAACGUUUCAAAUUUUCUACGUCAGGUGUCUGUUCCUGAUAGAUACGAAGCCAUACGAUCCGAGUUGAAUGGUUUUGUAGCUAGACAAAACCAGAAUGGAAGAUUUGUUGUCCUCAUAACUUCUGGUGGGACCAAAGUUCCCUUGGAGAGCCGGACUGUACGCUUUCUGGACAAUUUCAGCAGUGGAACAAGAGGAGCAUCAUCAGCUGAAUAUUUCCUUCAGGAGGGCUAUGCUGUUAUUUUUCUUCAUCGAAGUAGAUCCAUGAGGCCUUUCCUAAGGCAUUUUUCGCAUCUAAACUACCUUGACAUGUUAGAAUUUAAAACUAGUGCAGAUUCCAUCUCACAUAUUCAAGUAAAACAGGACUUUGAAAAGAUGAUUGGAACACAGCUAGAAAAGCACCAGGCAGCAGUGAGUGAUGACCGUCUGUUAGGUGUAGAAUUCCAAACCUUGUCAGAGUACCUUACCUUGCUACAUGCCUCCUGUCAGGCUGUCAGUCUACUAAACAACAAAGCCAUGCUGUACUUGGCAGCUGCAGUCUCAGACUUUUACAUUCCAAAAGAACAAAUGCCUGAACACAAAAUUCAGUCUGGAGAUGGCCCCUUGCAGUUGUCCCUUGAGAUGGUCCCUAAGAUGUUACAGCCCCUUGUGAAAGAAUGGGUACCCAAUGCUUUUGUUGUCUCUUUUAAACUCGAAACAGAUCAAGAACUUCUGGUGAAAAAAGCACAACAGGCUUUGGCCAAGUACUGCCACCAGAUGGUGGUGGCUAAUCUGUUGGAGACAAGAAAGAAGGAAGUUAUUGUUGUAUCUGCAGACUCACACAAAGCAAUACAGUUGACAGAUAGUCAGCUAGCCAGUGGAGUGGAGGUCGAGGAACAUAUCAUUAAAGAACUGCUGACUCAUCAUUCCCAUUUUAUACAAAAUGCAACAAAAAUUUAACCUUUGAAGCUAUAGUUAGUUAAAAUCAUUGAAUUUCGCAAGGCCAAAUAAAUGACCAUUCUUUUU